AUGUCUUCGAGUCAGACACCCUCCGGCGGGGCGUCAGCCAAAGUCGUGCUGACCCCUGAAUCAAUGAGUAGCUUGAAGAUGGCCAAGGUCUUCAGAACGCACAAUGCCCCCGGUUCUUCGUUCACGUCAAUUUCCUUUGACGAUCGGGGCGAGCACCUAAUCACCACCGCGGAAGAUGAGACGUUGCAACUCUUUGGAGCCCGUAAUGGAAAACAUCUAAAACAGGCCUUCUCCAAAAAGUACGGCUGCUCUCUCGCCCGGUUUACUCACAAAUCAUCAGCUGUCAUCCACGCAUCAACAAAAGAGGAUGAUACCAUUCGAUAUCUUUCUCUACAUGAUAAUACGUACAUUCGAUAUUUCAAGGGGCACAAGCGAAGGGUAGUAUCUCUGGAAAUGUCGCCGCGUGACGAUACAGUAUUAUCUGGCUCGACUGACGACACCGUCCGAUUGUGGGAUUUACGAUCGGCUUCAUGUCAGGGAGUUUUAAACAUUGCUGGCCAGCCUUGCGUCGCGUUCGAUCCAUCUGGCUUGGUCUUUGCGAUUGCACUAAAUAUGAAACAAACUAUCUUGCUUUAUGAUCUACGAGAAUUUGAUUCUGAACCGUUCAUCGCGAAGCAUAUUGAAGAUCCCGUACUGGCAAGAAGAUCAUAUCCGCCCCCACCCCCAAACUUGUUUACCUCGCUCAAAUUCUCUAAUGACGGAUCAAAGCUUCUGGUCGGGACGGCUGGUGAUGUCCAUUAUGUUUUGGACGCAUUUAACGGCGAUAUCUUGGCGCGACUAGAAGGUCACCAGGGACUUGGAUCGGCGCCUCCACUCGACUCAAUGCUUCCUGGACAAUCUGGUUCAUCUGAAGAAACAACGUGGACGCCUGACAGCAGAUACGUGUUUUCUGGAAGCGCGAAUGGUAAGGUGUUUGUCUGGGAUGUCCAACCACCCAAGGAUGACCCGAUUCAUGCGAUGCGUGCCCCGCAAAGCCCUCAUGCUACUUGGGAGCCAUUGAAAAUUUACGAUGGUCACUUAGGCAACCCGGCGAGAUGUGUUGCAUUUAACCCUCGUCUGGGUAUGCUUGCCACCGCCGCCACUGAACUUUCAUUUUGGUUGCCCGGGCAUGCGGGUGGUACAAGCAAUGAUCACGGAGAUGUCGAAAUGCAUUCUUAA